AUGGGUGAUAAUAUAUUUUAUCGUUGUAAUAGUUUGAAAACAUUCACGAUUCCUAAUGGUGUCACAAAAAUCGGAUAUAUGGCAUUUUAUGAAUGUUCAAUGCUACAAACCGUUAUUCUUCCUAACACUGUAACAUCAUUAGCAACUAUAUCAUUUGCUGAUUCUGGUCUUCGAUACAUUACUAUACCAGGAAGUGUAACUACAAUCGGACGUUCUGCCUUCCAGGAUUGUUACCAUUUGGUUAAUAUAACUCUUUCAAAUGGAUUAACGACAAUUUUAGACAAUGCUUUCGAUGGUUGCACCUCAAUAACAAGCAUAAAGAUUCCUGAUAGCGUUACCACAAUUGGUAUGCAAGCAUUUAUUCACUGUAGAAAUUUGCAGACUGUGAUAAUGUCUAAAAAUAUAGUUACUAUUGAAAAAGAUGCAUUCAAAUGGUGUAAUUUAAAUAGCAUCGAAAUACCGAAAAGUGCAGUUUCAAUUGGAGAUUAUUUAUUUUAUGAAAACAAAAACUUGAAAAGUGCUGCAAUCUAUGCCAGUUUGUCAUAUAUUAGUAAUGCAUUAUUUGGUGAAUGUGUAAAUUUAGUGAAAGUUACAAUUGCAGGUAAGCCAACUUCAAUAGGAUAUUCAGUUUUUGAAGGAUGCGAAAAUUUGGAAAGCCUCGUUUUAGAUUUUUCAAAUGUAAGAUCUAUUGGAUCCAAUGCUUUUUGUAUUUGUAAAAAGUUAAAGAACAUUCAAAUCCCUAACGGAAUAACAGUUAUUAAUAAGGGGUCUUUUGCAUCAUGUAAAAUGAUGAAAAGUAUUAUAAUUCCAAAUACUGUAACAUCAAUUGGUAAUUCUGCAUUUUAUAAGUGCGAUAAUGCCAUAACUAUUAAAAUCCCGAAUAGUGUAAUUUCAAUUGGAGAUGAUGCAUUUGGAUAUUGCAGCCGUGUUAUAAAUUUUACUAUUCCUGAUAGUUUGAUAUCGAUUGGAAGAACUGCCUUUGCGAAUUAUUUUCAUGAUGAUACAUUAAUUUUGAAAUUACCUAGUAAAUUAACAAAAAUUAAUAACUCUAUAUUAUUCACUUGCACACUUAAACGUGUAAUAAUUCCUCCAAGUGUUGUGGAAAUUUGUGAUUUUGCAUUUGAUUCUCUUUAUUGUCGUGGAAAAAUUGAACUUCCUCCAUCUGUUGUAUCAAUUGGCGAGUAUGCAUUUUGGCGUUGCCGUUCCAUGAACAUUAUUCCAAAUAGUGUGAAAUCUAUUGGUAAUAACGCAUUCGAUUUUUGCUAUUACCUAGAAAACCUCACAUUUCCGAAUGGCUUGACGUCAAUUAAUAAUUCUCUAUUUCAUGACUGUGAUAAUCUGAAGAGUGUAUCAUUUCCAGAUAGUGUAACAUCAAUUGGAAGCCGAGUAUUUUCAGGGUGUGAAAUGUUGCAAUAUGUUAAACUUCCUAGAAAGCAAAUAUCUCCCUUCAAUCAGCCAAUAUUCAAACGUCAAUUAUAUUAUCCUGGCAAAUAUCAACGAUUAUUCUCUCCCUGA